AUGACAAUUCAUGUUUUCAUUCAAGUUUUAUUAAACUUUUGUUUAUUUUUUAGUUAUUUGAUCUACGAAAGUGGAAUAAAUGGUAAUACUUAAAGAACAAAAUUGCUGAACAAGGCUUUAUUUAAAAAGAUAUAUUUAUUACACUAAAUAAAUGGACGAAAAGUUGUCAUCUAAAACAUAUUUUGUAUGUAUAUUAUCAAUGUUAGAUAAUGACCAGCUGUUAUUAUACUAAUGAGAUGAAACCUUGACUGUAUAUAGCAUCUUCAUUGAAUGCGUAGGUUCCUGUUUGAAAAAAUAUAUAAGUAUUACAAUUUUUACAAUAAAACUUAGUAAUGUGUGAGAUAUUGCAGUCUGUGAAAGACCAAUUGAAUGAAUUAGAGAAUGAAUUCAUUUCAAAAAAAGAUGAAGAUUAUAUUGCCGUUGAUGAUAAUUUGGAUUGUGCUCUGUUGAAUAUGCCAGUUGAGAUCAUAUUGAAUAUAUGCUCAUUUCUAGAUCCACAUUUCUUAAGAAAUACACUUAGCAAAGUAUGCAAGAGAUUUGAUGAUAUUUUAGCAGAUGAACACUUAUGGAAAACCUGGAUUCAUACCAAAGUGAAGGGAGCGUUUCCUCCUCUCCCUCAUCUAAAAUUAUGGGAGGAGGUAGAAGUGGACUGGGAGGAAAUAUGUGUAGAGAUGGAUAUUGAAAGAAAAAAAUGGAGUAAUGUUAAUGAGACAAUGAAACAUGUAGUAGUAAGAGAUGUGCAUUUUGCAUCUGUUGAUACUGUUCUUCUAGUUAAUAAAGGAGAAGUGUGUGUGUCUGGUGGCAGGGACCGGGGUAUGGCCCUGUGGAAUAUCCAGGAUAUCAAGUCUGGAGAUAUUGUCAUUCCAGAUGUGGAAUGUUCCACCACAGUAACUGACACUAAACCUCGCCACAUAAGAUAUGAUGCCCACUCGGGCUGGGUGUGGGACCUGGCUCCGGACAAUAUGGAUGCAGCCAAAAAAAUUUUCUCAGCUUCUUGGGACAAUACUGUCAAAGCAUGGGAUCUGGAGACUGGCUUUGAGUGCAUUGAAACUUUUCAAUGCGGUAUGUCGGCCUUAUCAGUUGUAGCAGAAGAUAACAUGGUGAUGGCUGGGCUGUAUUCUAAAAAAGUGUUAUCCUUUGAUCUCCGCGUGGGAUCCUCACCGAUCAGUUCUUACAAACCUCACAGAGGACCAGUCUUAGACUUGCAUUGUUAUAAGAACAUGGUAGCAUCUGUCAGUGAAGAUAAAACACUUGCUGUGUGGGAUAAAAUAGCUGGAAAACUUAUAGCAAAUGAUGUAAAAAUACCAACAGAGAAAGCAUACCCUGUUUGCAUCAGUUGGUGUCCAACUGCUUUGUAUAUUGGUGAUUCAAAGGGAUGCAUACAUUUGAUAAAUCCUGAAGACAAUCUUUAUCUAAAGACACAUGAGGUAUGGCCGGAACCUCCAAUUAUAAUGCCUUCCAGUAAAAUCACUAGCUGUUGCCAAAGUCAGGGAACAAUGGUUCUUUGUUCAGACAGAGGAGAAAUAAAGUUUUUGUACAAUUGUUAUCCGCCACAAGAGUACGCCUCGAUCAAGACAAGCACAAGUGACGUUACCCAGAUGCGAUAUCUCAACAACGUGUUGGUGGUAGGGACUUGCGACUCAGCCCUAGAGUUUUGGAUUCCAAGCGACAGAUAUUACCGGCCGCCAUUGUAGGGUGUCCAAUUCUAAGCUUACGUUAGAGGGAAUUCUUCAUCACAGCAAUUGCUAUUUAACGCCUAAUAUUUUUUGUAAGUUUUCAUAAUGCUUUGUAGAAAUUUCUCAUAUCCUACUAAUAUGUGAAAGGUUGUAUGUUUGUAUGUUUGUUUGUUUGUUACUCUUAUACGCAAAAUCUACUGGACUGAUUGUUAUGAAAGUAAAAGGUACCCACGGGAGCGAAGCCCCGGUGCGCUGCUGUUGGAUAUAAAAUAACUGCACGAAUUUAAGUUUUAUCUGUAUUUAUUCGGCUACUAAUUGCUGUAUUUUAAAUUGCAUUUCUAUGAAAAAAAUAAAAUAAAUUUCGCACAAAAAUAUUUACUGUAAAUGCUUUUACUGUGAUAUAAUUGUAGGAAAAUGAAUACGCAUUGUUGCUAUUGUCUGCAAGCUAGCUUAAAAAUAUGUAAUAUGCUUUACUGGUUUUUCAUAGCGGCAAAUAUAAGCACUCAUACAAUCUACGCAAUGUUCAUGCAUUCGGUCAUCAGUAAGAAUCACAAAAUGCCAUAAUGCAAAAACGCAUAAAAAUUUACAUAACGCAAUAACUCUGAAAUUAAAUGCCGACAUCUUUUUUAAAAUGGGACGUAUCCUCAAUAAUAUUUUGUAACAGCUGCUGUGUUAGUAUAUUAUUGAUAUCUAAAGAUACAUGUAUUAAAAAACGAGAAUACAAUAGUGAACAAAUCAGUAAUUUCUAGAAAAUGUGACUUCCAUACCACUACUACCUCUUGCUAUAUGGCGGAUGUCACGUAGUAGUAAAGGUUAUCAUGGAAGGAUUCGAACUUAAUAAUCCCAUGAUGACUUAUUUAUAUCACCGAAAGUGAUGAUGAUUUUUUUGUAAUCAUUAGUACAAUUUGUUUUAUUAAAAUCAGAUUAAAUUUUAUAUGUAGGAAUUGUUUGUUGAUAUGAUUGAAUAUUCAAAUGAGUUGGAAUUCGCACCAGUAUUCUAAACACGGGUGUAUUGAGUUGAGUGCUAUGUCCACACCGAACCUAGAAAGGUAUUCAACGUCUAGGAUGCUAAAAAGGGUCAAAAAGUAGUUAAUAUUCUUUAGUUUGCUCGGUGCGGAACUGCGGACAUAGCUAUACUGUUACAAAAUACAUAUGUAAAUACAAAGUCAUAAGACAUGGUACCUCGCGUAGAUUCUUUGGGUGUUCAAGAUGCUAUUAACACUUCUAAAAAGGGUGCUAGUAAGGUUUUUGUAUUAGUUAUAAUGGACGGGACUGAUGAUUAAUUUUUGGAAGUGUGAUAAAAUAUUUAAAGGAUCUAUAGAGGGUGCCAUAUGUCGUAUGUACAUAAUUAUUAAUUAUUUUGUAGAAUCCUCCGACUGAUUGAUAGUUUGUACCUUGUCUUCAUGUGAAUACAGUAUUUUAAUAAUUUAAUCAUUCCUGUGCAUAGAUGUAUUAAAAUAGUUCUAGAUACAGCAUUCGACGACAUUAGUACGGAGCAUAGUAUCACGAAAACUCUCCCCACUCACUGCGUACCCUUUCCCGCCUGCCGCCUCACUCACCCACAUAAUGUUGCCAGAGCCCUAUAAUUUACCCCAAAAAGUAAAUAUUUUUUGGAAUAAAAAAGUAUGAAAUUAUAUCGCAACUACAUACAUACAAACAUACAUCAAUAUCAUCAUGAAGAUAACAAUUAACAAAAUAACGAUAUCAAGAAUUUUAAAAAAUGGAGAAUUUUUUGCCAUUAUGCAAAAUGGACGUUUGACUUACUUGAACAAUUGGAGUGCGUAAAUUUAAAUCGAAUUUAAAAUAAAUCUAAGUAGUUAAGUGGUAGUUACAUGUGUAAUGCAAAGUGAUCUGGUGUUUUAUUUUGAUACGGAACACACAGGACGGCAUGGAAUUUUUGUUUUGGCCGUUGACCGACAUAUCAACCAAGCGCGCGGCGGCCAUGAACUAGGGGAGACGGAUCAUUUAAGGUGAUAUAAGGGAAGUUGGAACUAUGACGCAUAUAGGCGCGAUUGGAUAAUCUAGAACUAUUUACUACAUCUAUGUUCCUGUGACACAUUUUUUAUCCAUGUUUGUUGUGUCUGAUAUAAGGAAAUGUUUAUGUGAAAGAAAUAUGAUAUGAAAAUAUAUCAUAAAAUGAUAUAAUGUUAUAACAGCGACUUCGCUUAUAACAGACCCGUACCCGACUUUACAAGAGCCUUUUAACUAAGUGUGGAUUUUAUCUAUUUUCUAACGCCUGUACUAUAGUAGGUAUGUCAUAAAUAGGGUACAGGUAGAAUUCUAGAGUCGACGAUAAUGUGAUAAAUUACCAUUGUGCUCUAUAAUACAAAUAGGUACAAUCGAUAAAAAUAAAUGUUUUCUACGAACCAAUGAUUGUUGACUGUACUCACAGCUAACAUUUAGGUACUACCUAUAAUAAUGUACUGACUAAAUACAUUCUUUACUUAUUGCAUAAUAAAAAUUAUCUUUAAUAAAUUACUAGCUUACUCAUGUAUGUUUAGUGUUAAUAAAAAAAGUCCCUAAUUUUUCUUAAUUCUUAUACUUAUAUAAAUAGAUAACUUUGUCUGUUUAAUACAUUUUUGUAUGGAAAUAUUUUACAAAUAAAAUUACUCACAGAAA